GUACAUUUGACCGAAGUGUAACAUUAUUGGAAGUGUGUGGCAGCUGGCCAGAGAAUUUUGGUUUACGUCAUAUGUCAUCAAUCGAUAACACUGAUGAUGGGCUUCGAGAAAGGCUUGCCGAUGCCAUGUCUGAGUCACCCAAUCGAGAUGUUGUGGGAUCAGGAACAGAGCUUCAGCGAGAGGGCAGUAUUGAGACACUCAGCAACAGUUCUGGUUCCACCAGUGGAAGUAUUCCACGCAAUUUUGAGGGUUACCGCUCUCCUCUUCCCACCAACGAAGGACAGCCUCUAAGUCUUUUCCACACAACAUUUCCCUGACUUCAUCAGUCUCAUCAACUAAGCUCCCAUUGGAACAUUGUUAAAAGUUCCAGUAGCAGUUUUAAUACUGACUGUUCAUAACUGCUAGUCUGUUGGCUUCAUCAUUUUGCAUCUGUACUGAUUGCCAUAGAGAAAAUCAGGUGUUCUAUUUAGCCAUAUCACAAAUGACUGAUUUUUGAACCCUGUUAGCUGUCGUUUAACAGAUACUUUAUGUUAUCACACUGUCCAGCACAGAAAGGUGCAUAAACUUGUGUAAGAACUGAAGUGAGUGCUUUUGUUUACUGCCAUGAGAUGAACAGCUGUUAGUCAUAUUAGAAAACAUUGCUUCCUAGAUUUAUAAUGGUAUUAUGAUGCCUAUUCAAAUAAUUAAUAAUAAGAUGUGUUUGAGUGACAGCAUAAAGUAGCAAUUUGCUAGAAAUUGUUGAAUUUAUAAGGCUUUAAUGAACAGAAUCUCAGGUUUUAUUCUCUUAUCAGAAUUCAACUAAACUGGUUUUCUUAGUUUUCAUCUUUUACAUACAAGUUUGUAACAUUAAACAUUAUAUCCUGUCUUCACAAAAGUUAAACGAAGCAUUGCAGUACAUGUAAGGAGCCUUUGGUUUUUUGGAAUCAUGAUUAAGUGCUGUGAUUGUUGAAUUAUCACUUUGAGCUGUGGUUCUGCUGUUGUCAUUCUUGGGAUACUGUUUCGGUCUGGUACAUUUCGUAGGUGAUUAAGUAGUACUACAGCCUGACCAAUUGGGAAGUUGCACUGCUUUGCUGCCCAGGUUGGUGAGCUGCAGAAAACAAUCUUAAAGGGAAUCUCCUGUCUCUACUGCAAUCAUCCUUAACUUUGAGUUAUUUCUUUCUUCCCUUAAAUUUGGUUAAUGUAUGGAAAAAACCUUCAAUACCUUUCAAUGUCUUCAUUUCCCUGUUUCCCAUGACACAGAUAUUGAAAGCCAUUGAUAUUAACCAUUUUUAUCUGUUGAUGUCUCACAUUGUUUUAGAAAGGAAUUUUGUCUAACCCGUGUAAUUUAUGUCACAGGCAUACCAUUCUGUAUAGUUCUUAGUGUCAUUACCCACACUUGUACAUCCUGAAUGCUGUACUUUACUGAGGUCAGGAAAGUAUAUACAUUAACAGCAAACGUUGAAGUCUUUUCCAAAAUUAGUUUUUGGGUAAAUCUUUAACAAGAAUGCUUUCCACAGCAGCUGUAUAUAAAAAGAUGGGCAAUUUCUUUUAUUUUUAGCCAUUAAAGUAAUUCUAGCUGUAUCUAUGACUUCAGAUAAGCAUGUAAUCUCUGAAGAGACAACUGUCAACUGCAGAUGAAUGAGAAAACCUACUAGACCGAGCUGACAGGGCACCUCAGAUUUGACUGAACCCUGCUACCUGCAUAGUUUAGUACAAAGAGAGUUUAAAUGUACCACAAAAAGAUUUAUAACAAAAAACAGAAAAAUUGAGACCUCUUCUAGAGGCUAAGAAACAUACCUUUCAAAUGUACCUCAUUUGAGUAACUAUUCCUCAUACUAUUUGGAAGAAAAAAAGACCAUAUUCAGUGAUGAAAAAAUUUAUUGUUAGAUAAUUUAAGCAAAGAUUAAAGGUAAAUAAUAAUGAAUCGCAUUGUUUUAUUGACAGUACAUGUUGUGUGUCUCACUUCAUGAUGUUCCUUCAUUUUCAUCCAUGGCACCAGAAAGAGAGAAGAAAUUGCUUUUCUCAUAAUCCAGGGACUGUGUGUGUAAAAGCACAAUAAAGUUAUUAUGUUUUUAAAUUAA